AUGAGACCAGGGGACUGGAGUGAAGGAAUGAGACCAGAGGACUGGAGUGAAGGAAUGAGACCAGGGGACUGGAGUGAAGGAAUGAGACCAGGGGACUGGAGUGAAAGAAUGAGACCAGGGGACUGGAGUGAAGGAAUGAGACCAGGGGACUGGAGUGAAAUAAUGAGACCAGGGGACUGGAGUGAAGGAAUGAGACCAGAGGACUGGAGUGAAGGAAUGAGACCAGGGGACUGGAGUGAAGGAAUGAGACCAGGGGACUGGAGUGAAAGAAUGAGACCAGGGGACUGGAGUGAAGGAAUGAGACCAGAGGACUGGAGUGAAGGAAUGAGACCAGGGGACUGGAGUGAAGGAAUGAGACCAGGGGACUGGAGUGAAAGAAUGAGACCAGGGGACUGGAGUGAAGGAAUGAGACCAGAGGACUGGAGUGAAGGAAUGAGACCAGGGGACUGGAGUGAAGGAAUGAGACCAGGGGACUGGAGUGAAAGAAUGAGACCAGGGGACUGGAGUGAAGGAAUGAGACCAGGGGACUGGAGUGAAAUAAUGAGACCAGGGGACUGGAGUGAAGGAAUGAGACCAGAGGACUGGAGUGAAGGAAUGAGACCAGGGGACUGGAGUGAAGGAAUGAGACCAGGGGACUGGAGUGAAAGAAUGAGACCAGGGGACUGGAGUGAAGGAAUGAGACCAGAGGACUGGAGUGAAGGAAUGAGACCAGGGGACUGGAGUGAAGGAAUGAGACCAGGAGACUGGAGUGAAAGAAUGAGACCAGGGGACUGGAGUGAAGGAAUGAGACCAGAGGACUGGAGUGAAGGAAUGAGACCAGGGGACUGGAGUGAAGGAAUGAGACCAGGGGACUGGAGUGAAAGAAUGAGACCAGGGGACUGGAGUGAAGGAAUGAGACCAGGGGACUGGAGUGAAAGAAUGAGACCAGGGGACUGGAGUGAAGGAAUGAGACCAGGGGACUGGAGUGAAGGAAUGAGACCAGGGGACUGGAGUGAAAGAAUGAGACCAGGGGACUGGAGUGAAGGAAUGAGACCAGGGGACUGGAGUGAAGGAAUGAGACCAGGGGACUGGAGUGAAGGAAUGAGACCAGAGGACUGGAGUGAAGGAAUGAGACCAGGGGACUGGAGUGAAGGAAUGAGACCAGAGGACUGGAGUGAAGGAAUGAGACCAGGGGACUGGAGUGAAGGAAUGAGACCAGGGGACUGGAGUGAAGGAAUGAGACCAGGGGACUGGAGUGAAGGAAUGAGACCAGGGGACUGGAGUAAAAGAAUGAGACCAGGGGACUGGAGUGAAAGAAUGAGACCAGGGGACUGGAGUGAAGGAAUGAGACCAGGGGACUGGAGUGAAGGAAUGAGACCAGGGGACUGGAGUGAAAGAAUGAGACCAGGGGACUGGAGUGAAGGAAUGAGACCAGAGGACUGGAGUGAAGGAAUGAGACCAGGGGACUGGAGUGAAAGAAUGAGACCAGGGGACUGGAGUGAAAGAAUGAGACCAGGGGACUGGAGAACUGUGUAA